CGCACCGGAGCCCCGCGUCCGCCCGCGUCCCGCCUGAGCCGUGCGCCCGCGCCCUGCGCCCCGCGAUGCGCGCCAAGUUGCGGACCAGGGACCCGGGGCUGGCGCCCUAGGAGGCGGCGGCGGGAGGAUCGCGCCCCGGCUGGAGGCCGGGCCUGCUGCGCGCCCCCAGCCCGAUCGGCACCGCCACUUGCCUGAGCGCCCGGGCAGCCCGAGCGCACCCCGAGCUCGGGCGCCGCCGCCUCCACCUCCGCAAGGUCCCCCAGAGUCUUUGAGGACACAGCGUUGCUGGUGGCUGUUUCUGGUGCCUGGCACAGGGAGGCCCUCGAGCAGAUGACGAAGACUGGCUUUUAAUCCUUGGAGACCAUUGAGAGGGAGCUUACAGGGGCCCACGAGCCCCACUGGACGCCCACCACCAUGUCGGGGUCCACGCAGCCCGUGGCACAGACGUGGAGGGCCACCGAGCCCCGUUACCCGCCCCACGGCGUUUCCUACCCCGUGCAGAUCGCCCGGCCACACACGGACGUCGGGCUGCUUGAGUACCAGCACCACCCCCGUGACUACACCUCACACCUGUCGCCGGGCUCCAUCAUCCAGCCCCAGCGGAGGAGGCCCUCCCUGCUGUCCGAAUUUCAGCCCGGGAAUGAAAGGUCCCAGGAGCUUCACCUGCGACCCGAGUCGCACUCAUACCUGCCUGAGCUGGGCAAGUCGGAGAUGGAAUUCCUGGAGAGCAAGCGCCCUCGCCUGGAGCUGCUGCCUGACCCGCUGCUGCGGCCCUCGCCCCUGUUGGCCACUGGCCAGCCCGGGGGCUCCGAGGACCUGUCCAAGGACCGCAGCCUGACAGGCAAGCUGGAGCCGGUGUCUCCUCCCAGCCCCCCACAUGCUGACCCUGAGUUGGAGCUGGUACCUCCACGGCUCUCCAAGGAGGAGCUGAUCCAGAAUAUGGAUCGGGUGGACCGUGAGAUCACCAUGGUAGAGCAGCAGAUCUCCAAGCUGAAGAAGAAGCAGCAACAGCUGGAGGAGGAGGCCGCCAAGCCACCGGAGCCCGAGAAGCCCGUGUCGCCACCACCCAUCGAGUCGAAGCAUCGCAGCCUGGUGCAGAUCAUCUACGACGAGAACCGGAAGAAGGCCGAGGCUGCACAUCGGAUUCUGGAAGGCCUGGGGCCCCAGGUGGAGCUGCCAUUGUACAACCAGCCCUCCGACACCAGGCAGUAUCAUGAGAACAUCAAAAUAAACCAGGCGAUGCGGAAAAAGUUAAUCUUGUACUUCAAGAGGAGGAAUCACGCCCGGAAACAAUGGGAGCAGAAGUUCUGCCAGCGCUAUGACCAGCUCAUGGAGGCCUGGGAGAAGAAGGUGGAGCGCAUUGAGAACAACCCCCGGCGGCGGGCCAAGGAGAGCAAGGUGCGCGAGUACUACGAGAAGCAGUUCCCCGAGAUCCGCAAGCAGCGGGAGCUGCAGGAGCGCAUGCAGAGCAGGGUGGGCCAGCGGGGCAGCGGGCUCUCCAUGUCGGCCGCCCGCAGCGAGCACGAGGUGUCCGAGAUCAUCGAUGGCCUCUCGGAGCAGGAGAACCUGGAGAAGCAGAUGCGCCAGCUGGCCGUGAUCCCACCGAUGCUGUACGACGCCGACCAGCAGCGUAUCAAGUUCAUCAACAUGAACGGGCUUAUGGACGACCCCAUGAAGGUGUACAAAGACCGCCAGGUCAUGAACAUGUGGAGCGAGCAGGAGAAGGAGACCUUCCGGGAGAAAUUCAUGCAGCACCCCAAGAACUUCGGCCUGAUCGCAUCGUUCCUGGAGAGGAAGACGGUGGCUGAGUGUGUCCUCUAUUACUACCUGACCAAGAAGAAUGAGAACUACAAGAGCCUGGUGAGACGCAGCUACCGGCGCCGCGGCAAGGGCCAGCAACAGCAGCAGCAGCAGAUGCCCCGCAGCAACCAGGAGGAGAAAGAUGAGAAGGAGAAGGAGAAGGAGGCCGAGAAGGAGGAGGAGAAGCCGGACGUGGAGAAUGACAAGGAGGAGCUGAUCAAGGAGAAGACGGAUGACACCUCUGGGGAAGACAACGAUGAGAAGGAGGCAGUGGCCUCCAAAGGCCGCAAAACCGCCAACAGCCAGGGAAGACGCAAAGGCCGCAUCACCCGCUCAAUGGCCAAUGAGGCCAACAGCGAGGAGGCCAUCACCCCGCAGCAGAGCGCCGAGCUGGCUUCCAUGGAGAUGAACGAGAGUUCUCGCUGGACCGAAGAAGAGAUGGAAACAGCCAAGAAAGGUCUCCUGGAACACGGCCGGAACUGGUCGGCCAUCGCCCGGAUGGUGGGCUCCAAGACGGUGUCCCAGUGUAAGAACUUCUACUUCAACUACAAGAAGAGGCAGAACCUGGAUGAGAUCCUGCAGCAGCACAAGCUGAAGAUGGAGAAGGAGAGGAACGCACGGAGGAAGAAGAAGAAAGCGCCAGCUGCUGCCAGUGAGGAGGCUGCCUUCCCGCCCGUGGUGGAGGACGAGGAGAUGGAGGCGUCAGGCGUGAGCGGGAACGAGGAGGAGAUGGCGGAGGAGGCAGAAGCCUUACACGCCUCUGGGAACGAGGUACCCAGAGGGGAAUGCAGUGGCCCAGCCACUGUCAACAACAGCUCCGACACCGAGAGCAUCCCGUCGCCCCGCACCGAGGCCGCCAAGGACGCCGCGCAGAACGGGCCCAAGCCCCCGCCCACCCCGGGCGCCGAUGCGCCACCCCCUGAGCCCCCCAGCCCGCCACCUGAGGACGCCCCGGCCCCCAGCGAGCCCGCCCCGGCCCCCGAAGCCGCCUGCCCGCCCGCGUCCCCACCGGCACCCGCCUCGCCUGCCGCGGCCCCUGCUGUGGUCCCCAAGGAGGAGAAGGAGGAAGAGGCCGCAGCCGCCCCCUCGGCCCAAGAAGGGGAGGAGCAGAAGCCCCCUGCGGCCCCAGAGCUGGCAGCCGACGUGGGCAAGACGGAGGAGCCCAGCGAGGCGCCCCCCUCGGAGCCCAUCAAGAGCGAGUGCAAGGAGGAGGCCGCCGAGGAGGGGCCCGCCAAGGUCAAGGGCACGGAGGCCGCAGCCGAGGCCGCCCCCGAGGGCGCGCUCCAGGUGGAGAAGAAGGAGGGCGGCGGCCCUGGGGGCAAGGGCCCCGCGGCCAAGGGCUCGGGCGCCCCCCAGGACAGCGACUCCAGCGCCACCUGCAGCGCCGACGAGGUCGACGAGCCCGAGGGCGGCGACAAGAACAGGCUCCUGUCGCCACGGCCCAGCCUCCUCACCCCGACCAGCGACGCCAGGACCAACGCCUCGCCCCAGAAGCCGCUGGACCUGAAGCAGCUGAAGCAGCGGGCGGCCGCCAUCCCCCCGAUUCAGGUCACCAAAGCCCACGAGCCCCCCCGGGAGGACGCGGCUCCCCCCAAGCCAGCUGCCCCUGCUCCUCCGCCAGCGCAGCACCUGCACCCGGAGGGCGACAGCCCCCAGCAGCCCGGCAGCAGCCCUCGAGGCAAAAGCAGGAGCCCUGUGCCUGCUGCUGAGAAGGAGGCAGAGAAGCCCGUGUUCUUCCCGGCCUUUGCGGCUGAGGGCCAGAAGCUGCCCACGGAUCCCUCGUGUUGGACGUCAGGCCUGCCCUUCCCUGUGCCCCCUCGCGAGGUGAUCAAGGCCUCUCCGCACGCCCCUGACCCCUUGGCCUUCUCCUACGCACCGCCUGGUCACCCGCUGCCCCUGGGCCUCCAUGACAGCGCCCGGCCCGUCCUACCACGCCCACCCACCAUCUCCAACCCGCCGCCCCUCAUCUCCUCCACCAAGCACCCCAGCGUCCUUGAGAGGCAAAUGGGUGCCAUCUCCCAGGGAAUGUCUGUGCAGCUCCACGUCCCGUACUCAGAGCAUGCCAAGGCCCCCGUGGGCCCCAUCACCAUGGGGCUGCCCCUCACCAUGGACCCCAAGAAGCUGGCGCCCUUCAGCGGAGUGAAGCAGGAGCAGCUGUCCCCACGGGGCCAGGCUGGGCCACCGGAGAGCCUGGGGGUACCUACGGCUCAGGAGACGUCCGUGCUGAGAGGGACGUCUCUGGGCUCGGUUCCAGGAGGAAGCAUCACCAAGGGCAUCCCCAGCACGCGGGUGCCUUCCGAGAGCCCCGUCACGUACCGCGGCUCCAUCACCCAUGGCACUCCAGCCGACGUCCUGUACAAGGGCACCAUCACCAGGAUCAUCGGUGAGGACAGCCCAAGCCGCCUGGACCGCAGCCGGGAGGACGGCCUGCCCAAGGGCCACGUCAUCUACGAGGGCAAGAAGGGCCACGUGCUGUCCUACGAGGGUGGCAUGUCCGUGUCCCAGUGCUCCAAGGAGGAUGGCAGGAGCAGCUCAGGACCUCCCCACGAGACGGCCGCCCCCAAGCGCACCUAUGACAUGAUGGAGGGCCGUGUCAGCAGGGCCAUCUCCUCAGCCAGCAUCGAAGGUCUCAUGGGCCGCGCCAUCCCGCCCGAGCGACACAGCCCCCACCACCUCAAGGAGCAGCACCACAUCCGAGGCUCCAUCACGCAAGGGAUCCCACGAUCCUACGUGGAGGCCCAGGAAGACUACCAGCGUCGGGAGGCCAAGCUCCUGAAGCGUGAGGGCACGCCGCCCCCGCCCCCCCCACCCCCACGGGACCUGGCCGAGGCCUACAAGGCCCGGCCCUUGGAGGCCCUGGGCCCCCUGAAGCUGAAGCCGGCCCACGAGGGCCUGGUGGCGACAGUGAAGGAGGCCGGCCGCUCCAUCCAUGAGAUUCCACGGGAGGAGCUGCGGCGCACGCCUGAACUGCCCCUGGCCCCGCGGCCGCUCAAGGAGGGCUCCAUCACGCAGGGCACCCCGCUCAAGUAUGACACCAGCACGUCCUCCACCGGCUCCAAAAAGCACGACGUGCGCUCCAUCAUCGGCAGCCCCGGCCGGACGUUCCCGGCGGUGCACCCGUUGGACGUGAUGGCCGACACCCGGGCGCUGGAGCGCGCCUGCUACGAGGAGAGUCUGAAGAGCCGGCCGGGCGCCGUCAGCAGCUCGGGGGGCUCCAUCACCCGGGGGGCCCCGGUCAUCGUGCCUGAGCUGGGCAAGCCACGGCAGAGCCCCCUGACCUACGAGGACCACGCGGCGCCCUUCGCCAGCCACCUACCCCGCGGAUCACCGGUGACCACACGGGAGCCAACCCCGCGCCUGCAGGAGGGCAGCCUCUCGUCCAGCAAGGCAUCCCAGGACCGAAAGCUGACGUCCACGCCCCGUGAGAUCGCCAAGUCCCCACACAGCACCGUGCCUGAACAUCACCCCCACCCCAUGUCGCCCUACGAGCACCUGCUCCGGGGCGUGAGUGGCGUGGACCUGUACCGCGGCCACAUCCCGCUGGCCUUCGACCCCACCUCCAUCCCCCGUGGGAUCCCUCUGGAUGCAGCCGCUGCCUAUUACCUGCCCCGGCACCUGGCCCCCAACCCCACCUACCCACACCUGUACCCGCCUUACCUCAUCCGCGGCUACCCCGACACGGCGGCACUGGAGAACCGCCAGACAAUCAUCAACGACUACAUCACCUCUCAGCAGAUGCACCACAACGCGGCCACCGCCAUGGCCCAGCGAGCUGACAUGCUGAGGGGCCUGUCGCCCCGCGAGUCCUCGCUGGCGCUCAACUACGCCGCCGGCCCGCGAGGCAUCAUCGACCUGUCCCAAGUGCCACACCUGCCUGUGCUGGUGCCCCCGACACCAGGCACUCCGGCCACCGCCAUGGACCGCCUAGCCUACCUCCCCACGGCACCGCAGCACUUCAGCAGCCGGCUCAGCAGCUCCCCGCUCUCCCCAGGAGGCCCCACUCACUUGACAAAGCCCACGGCCUCGGCCUCGUCCGAGAGGGAGCGGGAACGGGAGCGCGAUCGGGAGAAGUCCAUCCUCGCGUCCGCCACCACGGUGGAGCACGCGCCCAUCUGGAGACCCGGUACGGAGCAGAGCGGCGGCGGCGGCGGCGGCGGCGGCGGGGGUGGGAGCGGCGGCAGCCGCCCCGCCUCCCACUCCCACUCCCACCAGCACUCGCCCAUCUCACCCCGGACCCAGGACGCCAUCCAGCAGAGGCCCAGCGUGCUGCACAACACGGGCAUGAAGAACAUCGUCACCUCCGUGGAGCCCAGCACGCCCACGGUCCUGAGGUGGGCCAGGUCCACCUCCACCUCCUCGCCUGUCCGCCCGGCCGCCACAUUCCCACCCGCCACCCACUGCCCACUGGGUGGCACCCUCGACGGGGUCUACCCCACCCUCCUGGAGCCUGUCUUGCUGCCUAAGGAGGCCCCGCGGGUCACCCGGCCCGAGCGGCCCCGAGCGGACGCCGGCCACACCUUCCUCGCCAAGCCCCCAGCCCGCGCGGGGCUGGAGCCCGCGUCCUCCCCCGGCAAGGGCUCUGAGCCCCGGCCCCUGGCGCCGCCUGGCUCCGGCCACGCAGCCAUCGCCCGCGCCCCGGCGAAGGGCCUCACGCCCCACCACGCCAGCCCGGACCAGCCAGCGCCGCCCGCCUCGGCCUCGGACCUGCACCGGGAAAAGACUCAAAGUAAACCCUUUUCCAUCCAGGAAUUGGAACUCCGUUCUCUGGGUAAGACCACCCUGACAGCGGCCACCUUCAUAGACGCGAUAAUCAUGCGUCAAAUUGCUCACGAUAAAGGGCCGCGAGAAGGAGGUUCGCUGGCCAACGACUCCCCUCGCGAUGGUUACCACGGCGGCGGCUACAGCCCUGAUGGGGUGGAGCCCGUCAGCCCCGUGAGCUCGCCCAGCCUGACCCAUGACAAGGGGCUCCCCAAGCACCUGGAGGAACUCGACAAGAGCCACCUGGAAGGGGACCUGCGGCACAAGCAGCCAGGCCCGGGGAAGCUCAGCGGCGAGGCUGCACACCUCCCACACCUGCGGCCGCUGCCCGAGAGCCAGCCCUCGUCCAGCCCGCUGCUCCAGACCACCCCAGGGGUCAAAGGUCACCAGCGGGUGGUCACGCUGGCACAGCACAUCAGUGAGGUCAUCACGCAGGACUACACGCGGCACCACCCACAGCAGCUCAGCGCGCCCCUCCCUGCCCCCCUUUACUCCUUCCCCGGAGCCAGCUGCCCCGUCCUGGACCUUCGCCGCCCGCCCAGCGACCUCUACCUCCCAGCCCCGGACCAUGGCGCCCCGGCCCGUGGCUCACCCCACAGUGAAGGGGGCAAGAGGUCUCCAGAGCCAAGCAAGACGUCAGCCUUGGGCAGCAGUGAGGAUGGUAUAGAACCUGUGUCCCCGCCGGAGGGCAUGGCAGAGCCCGGGCAUCCCCGGAGCACCAUGUACCCGCUGCUGUACCGGGACGGGGAGCAGGCGGAGCCCAGCAGGAUGGGCUCCAAAUCCCCAGGCAACACCAGCCAGCCGCCGGCCUUCUUCAGCAAGCUGACCGAGAGCAACUCGGCCAUGGUCAAAUCUAAGAAACAGGAGAUCAACAAGAAGCUGAACACCCACAACCGGAACGAGCCAGAAUACAAUAUUGGCCAGCCCGGGACGGAGAUCUUCAACAUGCCCGCCAUCACCGGAGCAGGCCUCAUGACCUGCAGAAGCCAGGCGGUGCAGGAGCAUGCCAGCACCAACAUGGGGCUGGAGGCCAUUAUUAGAAAGGCGCUCAUGGGUAAAUAUGAUCAGUGGGAGGAGCACCCGCUCAGCGCCAAUGCUUUUAACCCUCUGAAUGCCAGUGCCAGCCUGCCCGCUGCUAUGCCCGUAACCGCUGCUGACGGACGGAGGGAACACGCGCUCACCUCGCCAGGUGGUGGCGGGAAGGCCAAAGUCUCUGGCAGACCCAGCAGCCGAAAAGCCAAGUCCCCGGCCCCAGGCCUGGCGUCUGGGGACCGGCCACCCUCCGUCUCCUCAGUGCAUUCGGAGGGAGACUGCAACCGCCGGACCCCACUCACCAACCGCGUGUGGGAGGACCGGCCCUCGUCCGCAGGGUCCACACCGUUCCCCUACAACCCCCUGAUCAUGCGGCUGCAGGCGGGGGUCAUGGCCUCCCCGCCCCCGCCUGGCCUCCCCGCGGGCAGCGGGCCCCUGGCCGGCCCCCAUCACGCCUGGGACGAGGAGCCCAAGCCGCUGCUCUGCUCGCAGUACGAGACGCUCUCCGACAGCGAGUGAGGCUCAGAACGGGGUGGGCCGGCGAGCGGCCGGCUGCCGACUCCCCCCACCGAGGAAGGAGCCCCUGAGUCUGCCUGUGCGCCCGUCUGUCCGUCCGUCCGUCCAGAGCCGGCAUCCUUGCCUGUCUAAAGCCUUAACUACGACUCCCGCCCCGGCUGGCCCUGUGCAGUGACCUUACUCAGGGGAUGUUUACCUGGUGCUCGGGAGGGGAGGGGCCGGGGAGGGGGCACGGCAGGCGUGUGGCGGCCACACGCGCACAGCCGGGGCGGCCAGGGACCCAAAGCAGGACGACCACGCACCUCCCACGCCACUGCCUCCCCACCUAACGCAUUUGGAACCAAAGUCUAAACUGAGCUAGCAGGCCCCGCACCCGCCCUCCGUCCCCAUCCCGCUUAGCACUCUGGACAGACGGACACAGGCCCUGUCCAGGCCCCAGCGCUCUUGUCCCGGUCCCCACGGGCUGCCCCAGCCGACGAGAUCGCUGGAAACCAAGUCAGGCCAGAUGGGCGGGCGACAGGGCCGGGUGCGGCCUGGGGUGAGCGGCUGCUCCGAGGAACUGGACUGUUUUUUUCAUACAUCGUUGCCGCAGCGGUGGGAAGGAAAGGCAGGUGUAAAUGAUAUAUUGGUUUACAGGGUAUAUUUUUGAUACCUUCAAUGAAUUAAUUCAGAUGUUUUAAGCAAGGAAGGACUUACCCAGUAUUAUUGCUGCUGUGCUUUCGAUCUCUGCUUACCGUUCAAGAGGCGUGCGCAGGCCAACAGUCGGUGACCCCAUAGUCCGCAGGACCGAGGUGGGGCAGGGGCUGCCAGCUCUCGAGCCCCCCUGCGUCCUCCCUCCCUCCCUUCCUUGGGCAGAAUGAGUUUGAAGGGGAUUCUGUGACCGCCAUCUGCGCACGGCGGUGGCGUCCUGUCAUUUACACACGUUCUUCUCAUUAAAAAGCGAAUUAUACUCGA